UUGGGCUCCGGAGGCGUGUGCGGGCAAACAACCACAAACGGGCGUCGCUGGCGAGAUUUAAGUCGACGGCAGCGCGUGAGAGGCGCUUCCAAAAGCCCGAAUUCCCCCCCAAAUGGAUUUCGAGUGCGGCGACGUGGGCGCGUGGAGAGAGGCGCUCUCCGCCUACGACACUCGCCUCCAAUCCCUUCACAAGCCCGACCUCCUCCCUCUCGACGCCUUCUACCGCACGGAGCUCCCCCUCCUCCUCCGCUGCCGGGAACCCCACCCCUUCCUCUCCAAGACCGAGCUCCGCCGCCUCGUCCAGUGGAAGCUCUCCCGAGGGAAAUGGAGACCUCGGCUGCUGGAUUUCGUGUCGUCGUUGCCUGAAAACCUCGUGGAAUCCACCUCUACGAAGGCGUUCGCGGCGCUUCCAGACCUGUCCAAAGCCGUGAAGGAGCUGACGGUGUUGAAGGGAGUCGGACCGGCGACGGCGUCAGCCGUUCUGGCCGCCUACGCGCCGGAAGUCGCGCCAUUCAUGUCCGAUGAGGCUAUGAUGGCUGCGCUGGGAAAUUCCAAGGAGUAUACGUUGAAGCAGUAUCUCGCAUUUGCUGAGAAGCUACAGAGCAAAGCGAAGGAAUUGAGUGUAGAUGGGGAUUGUUUCACCCCAUCAGAUGUUGAAAGGGCCUUAUGGAGCUCAGCUUUGGGCUCCACGUCGCUAACUUCAUCAAAUGAUGAUCCAAAGACCAGUACCAAGAGAAGUACCAAAAGAAAAAGAAAAUCUUGAGGCAAGUUUGUGUUGGAUGGAAGCCCUAACAUUUCAAGGCCGUAUGCUUUUACAGUUUAGUAACUAGAGGCUCAGUAGUUUGAUAAUUAUGUUUUGUGAAAGCUCUUUUAAGUCAAAUCGAUAGGGUUUUGAUCAUAACAUAAUACUUUUAAGCCCUGUUUAGGAUUGUUGUUGAUAAUAGAGCUUUUGGAAGUAGAAUUUCUAACAAAAAGCUAUUUGGUGUUUGUUAA